AGAGAAGAGAGAUGGAUGCGGUGAGGCUAUGGAGCCUAUCCUCCUCGCACCCAUUGAAACAACUAAUUCGCACAACCACCACUAGACUUGUCAUCCGCUGCUGCUCUUCCUCUUCCACUAGAACCGCCCCCAAACCCGGAGGCCGCGGCCGCCGCUUGUCUACCUCAACCUCCACCUCUGACAAAGACGCUGUUCGAGCCAUUCGCUUAAACAAGGUACAAGAGUUGAGGAGCAAAGGUUUGGAGCCAUAUGCGUAUUCUUGGGAAAGGACUCACUCUGCUAAUCAGCUGCAAGAUAUUUACAAGCAUUUAGGGAACGGUGAGGAGUCCAAGCCCGAAAACGAUGGUGUCUCAAUUGCAGGCAGGAUUGUGGCUCGCAGAGCUUUUGGAAAGCUUGCAUUUUUGACACUCAGGGAUGAUUCCGGUACUAUUCAGCUUUACUGUGAGAAGGAACGGCUUGCAGAUGAUCAGUUUGACCAGUUAAAGUCCCUUGUUGAUAUUGGUGAUAUAGUUGGUGCUACUGGAUCCAUCAAGCGCACAGAGAAAGGGGAGCUGUCUGUAUAUGUAAACUCCUUUGCAGUUCUUACAAAAUCUCUACUCCCGCUGCCGGACAAAUAUCAUGGUCUAACUGAUGUGGACAAGCGCUAUCGUCAACGGUAUGUUGAUAUGAUUGCAAAUCCUGAGGUAGCUGAUGUAUUCCGGAAAAGAGCAAAGGUUGUAUCAGAGAUACGCAAGACAGUUGAAUCUUUCGGGUUUAUUGAAGUUGAAACUCCAGUUCUCCAGGGAGCAGCUGGUGGGGCAGAGGCUAGGCCAUUUGUUACAUACCAUAAUUCACUUGGAAGGGACCUGUAUUUGAGAAUAGCAACCGAGCUCCACUUAAAGAGAAUGCUGGUUGGGGGGUUUGAGAAGGUGUAUGAGAUUGGACGAAUAUUCCGGAAUGAAGGCAUUUCAACUCGUCAUAAUCCUGAAUUUACCACUAUAGAGAUGUAUGAAGCAUAUUCAGACUAUGAAAGCAUGAUGAACAUGACAGAGGAAAUUGUUACACGUUGUGCACUUGCAGUUCACGGGAAGCUUACGCUUGAUUACCAGGGGGUGGAGAUAUAUCUUGAGCGACCAUGGAGGAGGGAAACCAUGCACAAUCUUGUCAAAGAAGCCACUGGAAUUACUUUCAAUGAGUUAGGCAAUGACCUUCAAGUUGCUAAAGAAGUUACUCUGAAGAACCUAGGAGCUGACCUUGAUUACAAAUACAAAUCUUCUAUUGAAGCAUGCUCGUCUAUUGGCCACCUUCUUAAUGAGGUUUUUGAGAUUGUUGUUGAACCAAAGCUUGUGCAACCCACAUUUGUUUUAGACUAUCCUAUCGAGAUAUCUCCUCUGGCCAAGCCACAUCGGAGGCAUGCAGGGUUGACUGAGAGGUUUGAGCUUUUUAUAUGCGGUCGUGAGCUGGCCAAUGCUUUUUCUGAAUUGACCGAUCCCAUGGAUCAGAGACGGCGAUUAGAAGAGCAAGUAAGGCAGCACAAUGAAAAGAGAGCAGCAGCUAUAUCAGGAAUAGAUAGUGCAGAAGAUAAAAGAGAGGAAACUGAUGAGUCAUAUGAAGUGACUCUUGAUGAUGAUUUUCUUACAGCUUUGGAAUAUGGGAUGCCUCCAGCUUCUGGAAUGGGGCUUGGAAUUGAUAGGCUAGUCAUGCUUUUAACGAAUUCCGCCAGCAUCAGAGAUGUAAUUGCCUUCCCAGUGCUAAAAAUUCAGCAACAGUAAAGAGGCAAGGACCCGUUUUGAGGACAAUCUGCAGGUCUAAAGGUCCUUUUUUUUUUUUUAAUAAUUCUUUUACUGCUGUCCAGUUUAGUGGGCAACAGAGUUCGCCUCCUAGUCUUGAGCGGGUACCAAAGC